AUGGAGGAUACUCAAUCGUUUCGCUUGAUUGAAACCACGGAUACCGUGGAAAUCACUCUCAAUCAUGUUGAAGGACAGAACACUGUUCCUUGGGAGGACAUCGAGAAAGUCUUUUCUGGAGUUAAGCGCGUUCACAAUGGCAAAUCGGUGAUCAAGUUUCUUCGGGGUUCCGAUCAACAAAGCAUCAACCAUUGUUCUCGAUUGGUCCAGGAUGUUGUCUUGUCUACCUCUGUCGAACCUACUCCUGCCGGCCCUUCGAAGUUUGAUCCAGUCGGUGGUCAAACCAAUGCUCCAGCCGGUGCUCCAGUUAAUAACAGAGUCACUGUUGCUUUCGGGACUACCCCACCUGUACCAGAGACGCCUGUCAGUAACAUUGGCCUUAUCGACACAUCAUCAAGUCCACCCUCUGCCACCAGUGCUGCUUCCAAGACCACAUCGUUCCAAGAGGUGGUGACACGUGCAUCAAGAAAGGCACGUCAAUUCGCGAUCGAGCAGCGAUUCAUCUCCCUCUUGGCCCCUGAAGUCCAAGAAACAGUUCGAGCCUCGUCGGACAUCUGCCAGGCGUUUGCCAAGGCUAUCAAGGAUGGUCACGGGGAGCUUAGUCGAGCAGAGUUUAAGCAAGAACUGAGUGGGCACUUUCAGGAGCUGAAGGAUUUGGUGGCCAAGAACAGUGACUUGCAGGAAGCAAUGUAUGCCAAGCAGGAAGAAGUGAAGCAGCUACAGGAGCAAGUCCUUAGCAACCAAAAAGAGAUGAAGCAGCUGCAGAUCCAAGCCCUCGGUCAGUUGGCUAUGCUUCAAGACCGUGUCAAGGCGGUGCUGAUUCAGACGUAUGAACUCCACGAGUACCCGAUCCCUCGUCUCUUUGUUGUCCUUCCGCAGGACCCUUCAAGUUGGGAUACCGUGAAUCCCUUCUCGAACAAGUUCCGCCUCUACUUUUUAUGCGAGUGCGGAGAACACACCAAGUCGGUCAACAACAAGACCGAGAUCUCUCAUGAUAUCCAUUUUGCUAAGCAUGAAGGCUACGAGAUCGCCCGACCCUCAGAGUUCUUUCAGCAAUACGGCCCUUAUGUCCUCACUAUCCUCAAGAUGCUCAAGUUCGGUGUUUCGGUUGCCGGAGUGGCUGUACCAGCUAUCUCUCACCUGGUCAGGUUGGACGCCAUCGAUCAAGCCACCGCCGGUCUACAACAGCUGAGGGACAACAUCGAGUCUGGAAUGGAUCAUGUCAUAGACUGGAUGGACAAGGUCUCUGUGAGUGAAGGCGAAGCUGUUGAUGGGUUUGCAGAGCCGUCGGGAAAGAAGGAGGCAUUGGAAGGCGCCGAUCUACGCAAGCUGGACACGUUUUUGAAGGACAAGGAUGGAAACAAGGUGUUGGGAAACCUGUACAGAACCGUUACGGAUGAGGGACAUGUCAAAUGGGUUUGCAUUGACCACUACCGCGUGAACUAUCAAGAAACCUCGGCCAAAGAGUUCCUGCGCGUGUUGGAUUCUGUCGGAGGAUCAUUGAGUGAAAACGUCGGUAGAGUUGAAGUGAGACUUGAGUCAAGAGUGUUGGCAGAGAAGUUCUUUUCGGCACUGGGAAAGGCGAGAUCUGUCUACGAGCUCGAUAUCGACUUGCACUGGGCCUGCACUACAAGUGAUCUUGAAGCACUGGAGGAUGCACUCAAGAAAUCAAGAGUAUCAAUUCUUCGACUUGAUCUUCAACAAUUUCAGACGGGCGUCGCCAGCCAACUACUACCGACAUCCACACAAUAUGACGUCAUUUUCCGUAUCAGAGAUCUCCCUAAUAUGAAAGUACUUCAUAUUCUUCUUCCAAAGGAGCUCAUCAAGUUUCUCGGGAUUCGACCAAAAAAAUCAACAUAUGAUUGCAAGAUGUCCUGUGAGCUGGCAUGUGGGAAGAUCGGAGUAAAGGAAUUUGGAAUACUAACAGAGGCACUCAAGACCAACUCGACCCUGACCACUUUGGACUUGGAAAGCAACUCGAUCGGAUCCAACGGAGCUAAGGCGCUGGCUGAGGCACUCAAGACCAACUCGUUUCUGACCACUUUGGACUUGGAAAGCAACUCGAUCGGAGAGAACGGAGCUCAGGCGCUGGCUGAGGCACUCAAGACCAACAAGACUCUGACCACUUUGAACUUGUGGAACAACUCGAUCGGAGAGAACGGAGCUCGGGCGCUGUCUGAGGCACUCAAGACCAACUCGACUCUGACCACUUUGGACUUGUGGAACGACUCGAUCGGAGACAACGGAGCUAAGGCGCUGGCUGAGGCACUCAAGACCAACUCGACCCUGACCACUUUGAACUUGGGAAGCAACUCGAUCGGAGACAACGGAGCCCAGGCGCUGGUUGAGGCACUCAAGACCAACUCGACCCUGACCACUUUGGACUUGUGGAACAACUCGAUCGGAGAGAACGGAGCUCAGGCGCUGUCUGAGGCACUCAAGACCAACUCGACCCUGACCACUUUGGACUUGUGGAACAACUCGAUCGGAGAGAACGGAGCUCAGGCGCUGUCUGAGGCACUCAAGACCAACUCGACCCUGACCACUUUGAACUUGGGAAGCAACUCGAUCGGAGACAACGGAGCUAAGGCGCUGGCUGAGGCACUCAAGACCAACGCGACUCUGACCACUUUGAACUUGGGAAGCAACUCGAUCGGAUCCAACGGAGCUCAGGCGCUAUCUAAGGCACUCAAGACCAACUCGACUCUGACCACUUUGAACUUGGGAAGCAACUCGAUCGGAUUCGACGGAGCUCAGGCGCUGUCUGAGGCACUCAAGACCAACUCGACCCUGACCACUUUGUACUUGCAGAGUAACUCGAUCGGAGACAACGGAGCUCAGGCGCUGGCUGAGGCACUCAAGAUCAACUCGACUCUGACCACUUUGGACUUGUGGAACGACUCGAUCGGAGACAACGGAGCUAAGGCGCUGGCUGAGGCACUCAAGACCAACUCGACCCUGACCACUUUGAACUUGGGAAGCAACUCGAUCGGAGACAACGGAGCCCAGGCGCUGGUUGAGGCACUCAAGGCCAACUCGACCCUAACCACUCUGGACUUGUGGAACAACUCGAUCGGAGAGAACGGAGCUCAGGCGCUAUCUGAAGCAUGCAACACCAACUCGACUGUGACCAUUAUGGGCGUCGUAUUUCAAUGA